AAAAGUGUUUAAAAUUUCUUUGCAAAACGCAUUAUUGUAACCUAUGAAAGUCAUUUCCUUUCUUUUGAAAGCUGGUCAUCAGUUGAGUCAGACUUCAACUUCUUCAUAAUUUUGCUACCACCUUUAGCUGUUUGAGGAGCCCAAGAUUGUCCUUUUCCACAUACCUAGGAUUCACCAAUCGCCAUGGAUGAGGGAAUAUCAAGCAACGGCAAGUCUCACACUCUGAACCUUGAACAAGUUCCACAAAAGGGUACCCAAAACGAUGAUUUUGGCCUAGCUUCUGCUCAUACUAUUGAUCGCGAUUCGUGGCAACAAGUGGGGUUGAUGUUGGUGACAAGCUUCAAUUGCGGGUGGAUAUUAAGUUUUUCAAACCUGGUGAUGUUACCACUGGGUUGGACUUGGGGUAUUAUAUGCCUUCUUGUUGUGGGAUUCUACACCGCCUAUGCCAACUGGCUCUUGGCAGCAUUUCAGUUCAUCGAUGACCGAAGAUUCAUUCGAUACAGAGAUCUCAUGGGAUAUGUUUACGGUAAGAAUAUGUAUCACAUCACAUGGAUUUUCCAGUUUUUGACCCUCCUUCUUGGAAAUAUGGGUUUCAUUCUCCUCGGAGGCAAGGCACUCAAGGAAAUUAAUUCAGAAUUUAACGAUUCACCCUUGAGGCUCCAAUAUUACAUAGUCAUAACUGGAGCUGCUUACUUUGUUUUUUCCUUCUUCAUUCCAACAAUAUCAGCGAUGAAAAAUUGGUUGGGAGCUUCUGCGGUGGUCACUUUCACGUAUAUAAUAUUUCUGCUGAUUGUUUUAGUCAAAGAUGGGAAAUCGAAUUCUCAUAGGGAUUACAACAUUAGCGGAAGCGAAGUGAGCAAGGUGUUCAAUGCUUUUGGUGCCAUUUCUGCGAUAAUUGUUAGCAACACCAGUGGCUUGCUCCCCGAGAUACAGUCCACUCUACGUAAGCCAGCAGUGGAGAACAUGAGGAAGGCACUGUAUUCACAAUAUACCGUGGGAGUUAUGUUCUAUUAUAGUGUUACCAUUAUGGGAUAUUGGGCUUAUGGGUCAAUGGCAUCUGCAUACCUUCCCGAAAACUUAAGCGGUCCCAAAUGGAUUAACGUCCUCGUUAAUGCCGUCGUCUUUCUGCAGUCCAUAGUCUCUCAACAUUUGUUUGUGGCCCCAAUUCAUGAGGCGUUGGACACUAAAUUCCUAGAACUUGACAAGACCAUGCAUUCAGGGGAGAACUUGAAACGCUUAUUUCUGCUACGCGCGCUUUUCUUCACAGGGAACACAUUCGUGGCUGCAGCAUUCCCUUUUAUGGGUGACUUUGUAAACUUUCUAGGCUCUUUUUCACUCGUUCCUCUGACCUUCACUUUCCCAAGCAUGGUCUUCAUCAAGGUUAAGGGAAGGACCGCUAGAAAAGAGAAGAAGGCGUGGCAUUGGUUCAACAUCGUAUUUUCUUCUCUGCUCACAAUAGCAACCACAAUUUCAGCAGUUCGGUUGAUAAUCGACAACAUCAGAAAGUAUCACUUCUUUGCAGAUGCAUGAUUGCACAUCUCAUCAACAUUCUACUGCAUGCCUUUGUUUCUUGGGCUUGCAGAUACAUAAGGUGAGAGUGAUCAAUAAUUACAAAACUGAUAAAAUCAUUAUAUUAUUAUGAUCAAAUCCCCCGUUAUAGU